GUGCAUAAUAUCCGAGUCUCCUAAACCCCAUCCCACCCAUCCCGCCGCCGAUCAUAAGCCAAACCAUGACCGGCAGCCCCUUCCACCCCCAACUCCUCUGCCGCCUCAAAUCCGGAGCCCGAACCUCCACCACCGCCGUCCUCCCAGGGAAUCUCCUCACCGAUACCCUGCCCCAAGCCGCCACCGCCACCUCUGCCGCCAACAAUCAUGCCGUGAACUUCACCCACACGAAGGAGCUCUUCUCGUCCGUCUCCUCCGCCAAGAUGCUCCGCUCUCUGAUCAUGCUCCGCCUAGCCUCGUCGGCGCCGGUGGCUGAUCUCGGCAUGUGGGUCAUGAAAUCAAGGCUCAUGGACAUCCCUCUUUGCAGGAAGGCGGUCCUCGGCAUCACCGAGCGGACCUUCUACCGCCAGUUCUGCGCCGGAGAAGACCUCGCAUCCGCCAGCGCGACGGCCCGGGAGCUGUCGGACACCGGACGCACGGCGAUGCUCGAUUACGGGCUGGAGCACGCCAACGACAACGAAUCGUGCGACCUCAACAUGGAGGAGUUCCUCCGCACAAUCCAAUCCACGAAAUCCGGCGUUGAAUCUCCCAUUAGUUUCGUGGUGGUGAAGAUCACGGCCAUCUGCCCUGUCCGCGUACUGAAAAGAGUAAGCGAUUUGCUGAGGUGGCAGCACAAGGAUAACUCUCUGAAUCUGCCGUGGAAGCUUAAAUCGCUGCCUCUCCUCGCCGAUUCCAGCCCGUUGUACCACACGGCAGAGCAGCCCGCGGCGCUGACCGCGGAGGAAGAGCGCGAUCUAGAGGCCGCCUACGCGAGGAUGGCGAAGAUCUGCAGGAACAGCAUCGACGCGAGUCUCCCGAUCCUGAUCGACGCGGAGGACACGGCGAUCCAGCCUUCGAUUGAUUACUUGGCGUACGGGGCGGCGGUGGAGUUCAGCAGCGGCGAGGGGGAGCCUCUUAUUUAUAACACUAUCCAGGGAUACUUGAAAGACGCCAAGGACAGGAUGGUGAUGGCGAAGAAGGCCGCGGACGAAAUGCGCGUGGGGCUCGGGAUCAAGCUCGUGAGAGGCGCCUACAUGAAUGCCGAAAACCGCCUCGCCGAGUCUCUGGGAGUCGAAUCCCCGAUCCACGACAACAUCCACAACACUCACCGAUGCUACAACGAGUGCGCCGAUUUCAUGCUGCACCAGAUCGCCCACGGCUCGGGCUCGGGCUCCCUCGUCCUCGCCACCCACAAUAUGGAGUCAGGUAAAAUGGCUGCUGCAAAAGCGGUGGAUUUGGGAAUUGACAAGGACAGCAAGCGGCUCCAUUUCGCUCAGCUGUAUGGAAUGGCGGAAGCGCUUUCGUUCGGGCUCAGAAACUCGGGGUUCAGGGUUAGCAAAUACUUGCCCUACGGGCCCGUGGAUCAGAUCAUUCCGUAUCUGCUCCGACGGGCAGAGGAAAACAGAGGACUCCUCUCUGCAUCCUCCUUUGAUAGAUCGCUCAUGAGGAAUGAACUUAUUCGCAGAGUAAAGUCUCCACCGGUUCACGGCAAAGCUAUGCAGAUGCCUACUUCCCAAGUGUAGAGAUGAUAUGAGUGUGGAAUUGCAACUGCAGAGAAAAUGUAAAUAGAUUUUGGAGGAGACAAAUGAUUUAUUCCAAUGUCGAAAAAUAUGUAAAAAGGUUUUUGUCCCUCUCAAGUUCCAUUAAUAAUCCAGCAUUUCAGGACAUGGUCCUAAAACUGCUCAACUUUUUAUUUUCUUGUUUUCGAGUCGUUUUCGAUGAGUAUGUAAAAUUUGUUUUUGGCUCAAUUCAGAUGUUAAAUUUGUGGCAAGAAUUUUAUUA